UAUUCUCAAAGUGAGUCCAAAGUUUCACGCCGUCUCUUGAACAAUUGUGUGGUUGUUUCUCUUUUGACUCGUCCGUGCAAAAAUGCCUUCUGCCUUGGACAGGUACGCGUACUGGAUCCAGACUCGCCCGAGGUCAACGGUCAGAUCCACUGCGCCGAGCCAGCUCACGUGGCCAACCGACAGGCUCUUCAAUUCUCGCCAGAUCCUCGACUCGAGCCGGCCGCGGGGGUCUACGACUUGCGUACUCGUGUCCAGUUGGAUCGAGAGGCUGAAGCGAUCGGCAACUGGCCGAACAGUGGCGGCGGUGACCGUUUGGUCGUCAUGCUAGUCUGCUGGGAUGGGAAUGACCUACUCAGUGGUCUCAACGGAGACCAGGCGGUAGACGAAGCCUCGUCGUCCAAUCCAAACUGGUACAGACCCAUUCAGUUGACGGCCACAAUGACGGUCACCCUGACGGUUUUGGACAUCAACGACCAUGCACCAGUUUUCUCCAAACCGAUUCACCACGCCAGUCUCCAUGAGAACAACGGAAUCGGCGAAAAGUUGAUCCAAGUAAAUGAGCCUUCAAAAAGGCAUCACCCGUUUGCAGUUAACCUUCCACCUGCUUUCAUACAUAAAAAGUAUCUAUUUUUGCUACAAGAAUGUACUACACAUUAUUAUAAUGUUUGGUGGUAUUCAUAUCUCUGA